AUGGCCCAACCCUGUCCCUCUAGCGAAGUUGUCAAGUCGUUUGGUGAUGUUCUGACUUUAUCGGAACCAAGCUUUGGCCAGGCAGAAGGACAGUCGCGUGACCCCAAGGUUGAUUCUUGCCAGGCGCAAACUCAGACCUGCUCCGUACAGCAGCCAGGACAGACUCGAUCUUCAUCUGUUGGCUCACCUUGGCAGAUGGUUCGAAGCGAAGCCGCUUCUCCACCCAUUUCCACUCCCAAUCUUACAGCCUCUUAUAGCCUCUCACAGACCUCUACUACUACCAGCCAAGCUUGCCCCUUUGGCCAAUUUCCUUGGUCUAAUGUGUAUCAUCCCGCAAGUAAUGCCUUCCCGGAUGUGAACCGUCCUUUCUGUAUCUCGCCUACCAGGAUUCCCGGGAUUCGAUGCCUUAGCUCUCGUCUGGCGACUCUAGGGUCUUGUGAGUUAAUGGUUUACUUUAUUGGCUCAGUAGAUUUUCCCCAUGUACUGCCUGUAAUCAUAUUGCCGAUGAACUCUUUAAUUUUUCAUUAUCUUAUGCGCUCUGCACAGAGCCUUGUUAAUGCCCAAAUUUUAGAAUAA